AUGAGCAAAAAGUGUGCUCGUGAGGACUGUGGAAAGACAGUUUACCCAAUCGAAGAGUUAAAAUGUCUUGAUAAAACUUGGCAUAAGCAAUGCUUUAAGUGUACUGUAUGUGGAAUGACUCUUUCAAUGAAAAACUAUAAGGGAUACGAUAAGAAACCGUAUUGUGAUCCACAUUACCCGAAAACUGUGGCUUCCGUUGUGGCAGACACUCCAGAAAUGAGAAGAAUUGCUGAGAAUACCAAGAAUCAGAGUAACAUCAAAUACCACGCUGAAUACGAAAAGAUGAAGGGAACCAAGAUUGAGAUUGCCGAUGAUCCAGAAAUGGAGCGACUGAAGAAGAACACACAGGUUCAAUCAAACGUCUCCUAUCACGGAGUUCUUGGGCAAAAAGCUCGUCAAGAAGAGGUCCGCCCAAAGGAAGAAAUUUCUCCGAACCCAACUCCGACUCCAAUUUCUCCAAUCAACCAUCAAACAUAUUCUGCUCCAACGCAAGCAGUUGCUGCCAACUCUCAUUUGAUCUAUUCAUCAGAGCAAGGUGGAGCAGUUUCUCCAACACCACAGAAAACGAUUGGAAGUAUUGCUGAUUAUGAUCCAUUGAAUGGACAGUGGGGAACAGCUGCGAAUCAACCAAGAAAUUCUGAGAAAUUGGGAUAUCUGAAGAAUCAAGUGGAUAAAGGACCGGCUAGAUUUUGUGCGGAUUUUGCAGGAGCACCACCAUCAUCAGUCUCCUCAACAUCUCCACAUUCAACUCUUUCUUCUCCGCAAAGCGCAGUUUCACCAACAGGUAAAGCUGGAUUCGCUGUGAAAGCAAUCUAUGAUUAUGCGGCGGCUGACAAAGAUGAGAUUUCGUUUCUCGAAGGAGACAUCAUUGUAAACUGCGAGAAAAUCGACGAUGGAUGGAUGACUGGAACAGUUCAAAGAACACUUCAAUGGGGAAUGCUUCCAGCUAAUUAUGUUCAACCACACAAACUUCCUACUGGACUCCAUAGACUUUCUUAA